ACAAUCAUCCUUUCAAGCCCCCUUCACUUUCAUAUUUCAUUACUACUAGAACGCUACAACUUCCACACUUCAUAUAUUAAUUGUCUAUAUACUAAUUCAAAUCAACCAUGGCAUUUCCUCAUGUUUCAGUGCUUUCUCUAUUGGUAUUGUCCUCUUUCAUGGUGGCAUCUGCUGGCAACUUCUACCAGGAUUUCGACAUUACUUGGGGAGAUGGUCGUGCCAAGAUACUCAACAAUGGUGACCUUCUCACUCUCAAUUUUGACAAAGCCUCUGGGUCUGGCUUCCAGUCCAGAAAUGAAUAUCUGUUUGGCAAGAUUGACAUGCAGCUCAAGCUUGUACCUGGAAACUCUGCAGGCACUGUCACUGCCUACUAUUUGUCUUCAAAAGGUUCAAAUUGGGAUGAAAUUGACUUUGAAUUCUUGGGGAAUCUGAGUGGAGACCCUUACAUUCUUCACACCAAUGUGUUCAGCCAGGGCAAAGGCAACAGGGAGCAACAAUUCUAUCUCUGGUUCGACCCAACUGCAGAUUUCCACACUUAUUCCAUUCUCUGGAAUCCUCAACGCAUUGUAUUUUCAGUAGAUGGAACCCCAAUCAGAGAAUUUAAGAACAUGGAAUCAAAGGGAGUUCCAUUUCCAAAAGAUCAGCCAAUGAGGAUAUACUCGAGUCUCUGGAAUGCUGAUGACUGGGCAACAAGAGGUGGUGUUGUGAAGACAGAUUGGAGCCAAGCUCCUUUCACUGCAUCAUAUAGAAAUUUCAAUGCCAAUAAUGCUUGUGUUCGUUCAACUGGGUCAGGAACAUCAUCUUGCAAUUCGAACUCUGCCUCAUCCAAUGCGUGGCUGUCACAAGAGUUGGAUUCAACAAGUCAUGACAGAUUGAGUUGGGUGCAGAAGAAUUACAUGAUUUACAAUUAUUGCAGUGACACCAAGAGGUUUCCUCAGGGACUUCCCACAGAGUGCAUAACAUCUUAAGUUCUUGCAAGAUUAACUUCUUUUUAGGCCAUUUGAAUUUGGCUUGUAAGGUUCUUUAUGUUGAUUCUUUUAUUCUUUGUUAUUUGUAUUACAACUUACAAGAAAUAAACAUCCGGAAUCAUUUUUCAUGGCA